AUGGACGAGUUCCACGAAGCGGACAUCCUCUGGCCCGACACGGCGCCGUCGUCGUCGUCGCAGUCGGGAGAGGCUCUGCUCUUGCCCUCGGAGACCUCGUCCUCGGGUUGCGGUACGUCGUCACUGUGCAGCUCCGGUCAGGGCUUCCUCUCCGGUGGGGCGCCGUCCACAUACACGGCCGGCGCGAGCGACGAGGAGGAGUGGCUGGAGGCGGACGUGCUGUGGCCGGACGCGGUGCAGACGUCUGACGAGCCGCGCGUGGGCGGGUGGUUUCCACGGGCCGGCCGGCGCGGGAUGACUGGCCCCGCCUCCUGCCCGAAUCCUCCCCCGUCACCUCUCCAGAGAAGCAGGCACUCGGCGAAGCAGAUGGCCGGCGCUACUCACCGGCCGAGCAAGCCGGCGCAGCCACCUCACGCCGCGAGGCGACUAGCUCUGCGCCUGACCACCCCCCUCGCGUCCCUGGCCCUCCUCCUAUUCGCCGCCGCCGGCGUAAUCCUCUACUCCAAAACCACCCCGGCAUCCCAAGUCGUCGCCCGCUCCAAGAAAUCUGGCACCACCGCGUCGCCGGCCAUCUCCUUCCCAACGGUGGAGGCCAUAGGCGGCGCGCGCGCCAUCUGGGAGCUCCCCGCGGCGCCGGCCAGGGCGGUCCUCUUCGUCGCCCACGGCUGCCGCUGCCGCCCGGAGAAUUUCUGGCCGCCGUCCCCGCGCUGCCCCGGGUGCGUCGGGCUGCCGGAGGACGUCGCCAUCACGGCCGGCGCGCUACGGAGGGGGUUCGCCGUGCUGGCAGUGGCGAGCGCCGGGGAGUGCUGGUCGCUGGGGCCUGAGGUGGGCGCCGCCAAGCGCGCGAUAAAGACCUGGGCCGCCAAGAACGGCCUCGGAGACCUGCCGGUGGCCGCUCUCGGCGCGUCUUCCGGUGGGUACUUCGUCUCCCGGCUCGCGGCCGAGAUGAGCUUCGCCGCCGUCGUGAUUAUGAUCUCCGAGGGCGCGUUUGGGCCGGCGGGAGCGCCAAGUGGUUACCCGCCGGCUAUGUUCCUCCACAUGCCCAAGGACCGUAGGAGAGUCGCAUUGCUGGAGAGGAAUAUUAAGAUGCUGAGGACGAGUGGCGUUGAGGUGAGGGAGCUCCGGAGCCUGGAGCUUCCUCUAACGCCAACGCUGCUGUCUGAUAGAAUACCAGAAUUGGACCAUGGGUUGUCGGAAAGGAUUUGGAAGAUGUUCAACGAGGAAGGGUUCAUUGAUGAGAGAGGGUACAUGAGGAAGGAUGGCCGAGCAACGCCAUGGAAGGAUGCAGUGGCCAAGAGGGGGCUUUGGGAGGAGGUUUCCCGGUGGUCUGACCACAUCCAGGAGGAGCUGAAUCUUGCUUAUGGAUACCAUGAGAUGACAAGCCUGCAAGCCGACGAGAUGUUCAAUUGGAUUGAGGAGCACCUGACCUGAGCUUUAUGGCUGAUACUUGAUUAACUGUCCGUCUUACGGGCUUAGAUUGAAAUGCUGGUGGUUUUGUGUAGCAUC